AUGGCUCCACGACCCUCAACCCCAGGCGUGAAUCCAUUCGCACCUUCCGGUUGUGUACCUCCGACCCAAACAGUUGCUCUCGCCCUCGCCAUCGUUAAGGCAACACCUCCAGGGAUUCCAGCGAGAGGCCAGUCCGCUGUCACAGUUCUUCAAUGGAUUCUGACGAAUCUAGACUAUGUCCUUAAACUUCGAGCACACCUUAAACUUAGACGGCAGAUGUUCACCGAGAGUGAACAGAAUCGCUACCUCGAUCUUGUGUCGUACUGGCAGCAGAGGUGCGAGACUGCCGAGCAUGAAUGCAAAGAGCUCAACAAGAAAAUUGCUAGCCUUGAGCGCAGUGUCCAUUGCCUAGGGAAUUUAACAGUGCGCCCUUCCAAUGAGGGAGAGCAACUUUCCCCCUCACCUUCCAAGAAAAAGGGGCCAACUUCUGCGGCGGCGAAACGACCGAGAAAUCACAGGUUGCAGGCAGCGAAUCCACCCGCUCCUGAUGAGAUACUCGAGGACGACCUGCAACUCCUUGAGAAACUUGGAAAUCAUGGUACGACGGUAGCGCAACACUACUGGACCGCCCAAAAACUCCUCAGAAGACCUGGAGCCAAUGUCGACAGCAUCUGCGGCAGUGUUGUAGGAAUUGCGAGCGCCUUAGGGCAGAUCUUUCCCAUCAUUGCAAAGAACCACGAUCGCCUAGCUGUUCGAACAGUUGACCAGCCUCACCUACGUCACAUCGGCCAAAGCAAGUCUGAGCUUUCAUGCUUGAUGUCCGCGUGCGCAAGAGCAUGGACCUUGGUCAUCGUGGCUCUUGACAGGCUCGAAGAAGAUAGCCCAGGAUCACGUCGAUCGGGCCUUGUCAUCUUCGAGUGUGUGAAGCUCGUUUCCGCGGCACUCGAUGCGAUCAGACUAUCUGCGAGACAUGCUGCGUGGAAGAAGGGCAGCAGCUCGGCCCAGGAAAAUAUUCAUGAGUCUAUUGGUGCCCGCAGCAUAGCGCAUCUUCUCGCAACUUUCAUCGGUCAUCUGGAGAAAGACAGUGGAAUCCACCACAAACUGUUCGAUGGCAUCGCGUAUGUCCUGCUUGAGCGUGUCGGUGAUCAGCUGUACUACUGCACUUUCGAGCGUGAGCGCGGUGCCACCAUCGAAGAGCGAAUUACGCCAAAAUCAAAAUCUACGGACCCACACGAGGUUGCCCGUCAAGCUACAGACGCUGCAGCCAUCCGGCUCGAAGUCAAAGCUCUAGUUAUCAUUUUGGAACGGGUAAUGGGGGUCGCCCCUCUGCACUCAAACGAGCAGGUUGCGAAGAAGAGCAAGACUGCGCUUGCUCGAACAGUGAGCCUCAAGAACAUUUCAUCCACCAGGAUCAAACUGAGCUCGCUUGCGCAAGAGCGGCUGCAGAGGACCUUGAUCCAAUGUACAUUCGGCCACCAGGUUGACGACGACUUCAAGGACAUACUCACCAAGCCGGUCAGCAUGGGACGCGCUCCGCCGGCGCCGAAGGUCACGGAUGCAGACGUACCGGAGUGGUACCAGGCGCAGGUUUGGAGGCUCGUGGGCUGGGAGAUUCUUGAAAAGGACGGCGAAUGGCUGGGUUAAUUGGGAUGUGAGUGAUUCAGGGUACGAAGAUGGAUGUUCUGAAUUGCUUUAAAGGUCUCUCACAGUACCAGAGCGAGAAUCGUCUCUUCCGAAAAAAUGAUAGACCCCGAAUCUCACAGAGUUGUUUUGAAGCAAAAUUAGUGG